AUGCCUGACAUGAAACCAUCAUCUUCUCGGCCGACGGUUUUGGUUGCUGAAUCAAAGACUAAAAUCUCAUGUCUCUAUGCAAUCUUACCAGCAGCACUAUUAUUAUGUGUUGUUUUGUUUUUCACAAAUUCUAUUUUCUCUCAAAGCUACAAAGAGAAACUAUCAAGCUUUACGAUAAAUCAGAGUAUGGGAAGUUCUAGUAGUUGCAAGAAGAAGUGCAGGCCUAUUGGAAGCGAGGCGUUACCGGAAGGUAUAGUCGCGAGUACUUCAAGUUUGGAGAUGAGACCUUUAUGGACUCCUCCUCACUUUAAGAGGGGUCAGCCUCAUGAUCAAGAACCACAUGUUAAGAGAAAUGUAUCAACAAACUUGUUUGCAAUGGCAGUCGGGAUAAAGCAAAAAGACCUAGUUCAUAAGAUGGUCAAAAAGUUUUUAGCAAGUAAUUUCAGUGUAAUGCUUUUCCAUUACGAUGGUGUUGUUGAUGAAUGGAAGAAAUUUAAAUGGCAUGGACGUGUCAUUCAUAUAUCCGUAGUCGAUCAAAGCAAAUGGUGGUUCGCGAAACGAUUCUUACACCCUGACAUAGUUGCAGAAUAUGAUUAUAUUUUCCUUUGGGACGAGGACCUAGGCGUCGAAAAUUUCCAUCCUAAGAAGUAUGUUUCUAUUGUCAAAGAAGAAGGCCUUGAGAUAUCACAACCAGCACUUGAUUCUAAACUAUCGGAAGUUCAUCAUCAGAUUACCGCUCUUGGGAGGAGGUCGAAAGUGCAUAGGAGAACAUUUAAAGCUGCUGGUAGUGACGGUAAAGGCUGCGACGAAAGUAGCACUGCUCCUCCAUGCACCGGGUGGAUAGAAAUGAUGGCUCCUGUUUUCUCAAAAGCCGCUUGGCGUUGUGUUUGGUACAUGAUUCAGAAUGACUUGAUCCAUGCAUGGGGACUAGAUAUGCAACUUGGCUACUGCUCUCAGGGCGAUCGAACAAAAAAUGUUGGUGUCGUGGAUGCUGAAUACAUCGUCCACUACAAUCGUCCCACUCUUGGUGGCGUAGAUAAGACUACGGUUUCGGUUUCGGGUUCAUCUCAGGAAAAGGAUCAUAGAGUUGAUGUAAGGAGGCUAUCAUACCAGGAAUUAGAUAUUUUCAGAAAACGAUGGGAAAAGGCGGUCGAGAAAGAUAAAUGUUGGGUGGAUCCAUUUGAAUAG